AUGGAACUUCGCAGGUUGCUAGGGAAAUUUUUCAUCGUAGUUAGCAACUUAAAUAAAAAAUCAGUUGCUGGCGAUUAUCUGACAAAGUUGUCAGAUAACGAUGAAAAAAAUUAUUCCGUUUUCGGGAAUUUUGUUGGUGAGUGCUCCAGUACACUAGUGUGUGUUAUGCACAAACUAGGGCAUUGCGGUGAUGACGAGAGACUAAAAAAUAUAAUCGCACGUCAUCUCGAAAUACGCGAGUGCUUUGGUCACGAGGAGGAUGACGCUGGAAGUCACAUAGCUGACUUCAAGCGACGCAUUGGACUAAGAGAAGCCGGCAGUAUUGUGGAGCGUGCGAUACCGCAUUGCAGGGGUCGGCCAGUAGGACGACUCGCUUUAAGGAGUCGUCGCCCUGCGGGAGAAGAAGAGGAGGGAGUACCAGCGAGAAGAGCACGAAUCGAAGAGGAAAACAAUGUUCCGCCUCCGCAUGACGUCCCCGUCAUUGUAAUCGAUGAUGAUGAUGACGUUGAUGACGAUAACAUUGAUGGGGAUGACGGUGUGAGUCCAGCCGAUUCCAGAGCACUGGUCUCACUGGGUUCCACAAUUUUCAUAACGUCUCAGGAAACUGAAGAGGAAUUGAUACAGGAAGAAGUGGAGGAGGAAGAGCAAGAGGAAGAGCAGGAGGAGGAAGAGGAAGAAGAGGAGGAUAGCAUUAUCGAUAUUGAUGAUAAUGGUGAUGAUGAUGAUGAUGAUGAUGAUGAUGCCGAUAAUGAUGACAUCGACGAUAAUGCUGCCGAUAACGUGAAAGUCAUCUCCGAGAAUAUCAACGUCAAUGAUAACGGCGAUGAUGGAGAGGAGGAGGAGGAGGAGAAGGAGGAGGAAAUAACACAGGAGACAACAGAGAAAGAAGGUAGCAGAUAUUACGUGCCUUUUGGAAAUGAAGAAAUAAAUUGCGAACCGAUGAGAUUAUCGGAUUCACACAAUUAA